UACUGCGAUCCCGAAGAGCCUGUAUCAUCUACUCGGCACGGCUGUGUUGUCCCUAUAAGCAAGAAGCAAAAUUCGACGGAUACUCCAAGUUCGGCCGCCCAAUUACAGCAGACUGCCUUUUUUUCCUCGACGUACGAUCAUAUAUCUACAGCACCUAGCUGCGAUAAAUACAACUAUUCGAAGCUGGUUCCU